AUGGGCUGGCGGCUGCUGCCCGCCGUCCUGCUGGCCCUGGCGCUGGGCGGCCCCGCGGCGCGGGCGCAGAACGAUACGGAGCCCAUCGUGCUGGAGGGCAAGUGCCUGGUGGUCUGCGACUCCAACCCGGCCACCGACGCCAAGGGCUCGUCCUCCUCCCCGCUGGGCAUCUCCGUGCGGGCGGCCAACUCCAAGGUCGCCUUCUCGGCCGUGAGGAGCACCAACCACGAGCCCUCCGAGAUGAGCAACAAGACGCGCAUCAUCUACUUCGACCAGAUCCUAGUAAAUGUGGGCAAUUUUUUCACGUUGGAGUCUGUCUUUGUAGCACCAAGAAAAGGAAUUUACAGUUUCAGUUUUCACGUAAUUAAAGUCUAUCAGAGUCAAACAAUUCAGGUUAAUUUGAUGCUAAAUGGAAAGCCAGUCAUUUCUGCUUUUGCCGGGGACAAGGACGUCACACGUGAAGCUGCCACGAAUGGAGUCCUGCUCUAUCUAGACAAGGAGGAUAAGGUUUACCUGAAAUUGGAGAAAGGUAAUCUGGUCGGUGGAUGGCAGUAUUCUACGUUUUCUGGCUUUCUGGUCUUUCCCCUGUAA